AGCCGCCGGCGCGCCAUACGAACGACGACGGGUCGCGCACUACGAGUAGGGCGCUGGUCGGCUCCGAAACCCCGAAGAAGAGAAGGAAGAAGAAGAAGACAAGAAGAAGGUGGAGGAGGAAGUGGCAGCUGACUACGACGAUUUAAAUCAAGACGACUUAACUUAGCACCAGCCAGUGCAUCGAGGUGUAAACGGAAGGUUUACCGAACAACCCGAGGAGUCACGAAUCUCGGCCGAAGACGGGACGGAACGUAGAUUCAUCGAGGACGCAAGCGAACCAAGCGGACAGGAUGUCUUCAGCGAUCGCUAAAGCUUCCAAAUACACGUACCGCUCCACCGGCGAAGGUACCGCCAACGUUAGCAUCGAAUACAGCGCUGACCUGACCGCUCUCUCUAGGCUGGAGGACAAAAUCCGCCUGCUGCAGGAUGACCUGGAGUCCGAGAGGGAACUACGUCAGAGGAUCGAACGCGAGCGCGCCGACUUGAGCGUGCAGGUGAUCCAGCUGUCCGAACGUCUCGAAGAGGCUGAGGGUGGUGCUGAAUCUCAGUUCGAGAUCAACAAGAAAAGGGACACGGAACUGGCCAAGCUGCGCAAACUACUCGAAGAUGUUCAUCUCGAGAGCGAGGAGACCGCACACCUUCUGCGUAAGAAACACCAAGAGGUCGUGGUCGAUUUCCAGGACCAGAUCGAUCAACUUUCGAAAGCACGCGCAAGGGCUGACAAAGAAAAAUCGAAAUUCCAACAAGAAGUCUACGAACUCCUCGCUCAACUGGACAACGUUACCAAAGAAAAGUUGAUGUCGAUAAAGACGGUAGAGAAGCUCGAGAUCCACGUAGCCGAGCUCAAUGUGAAAAUCGAGGAAUUGAACCGCACCAUCAUUGACGUCACCAACCACAAGACUAGGAUCUCCCAGGAAAACAUUGAACUGACGAAGGAAGUGCAGGACUUGAAGGUGAACAUCGAGAACGUUAUUUACCUGAGGACUCAGAUCGCCGGACAGCUCGACGAUGCUCGUCGUCGUCUUGAAGAUGAAGAACGUCGUCGUUCAUUGGUCGAGGCCUCUUUGCAUCAGGUUGAGACGGAGUUGGAAUCCGUGCGCAUCCAAUUGGAAGAAGAAUCCGAAGCUCGCUUGGACAUUGAACGUCAACUGGUUAAGGCUAAUGGAGAAGUACAAGUAUGGAGAUCGAAAUACGAAACGGAAGCCAACGCUCGCGCCGAAGAGGUAGAAGAACUACGCCGCAAGUAUAGUGCUCGCAUCCAGGAACAAGAAGAACAGAUCGAAACCCUGCUGGUUAAGAUCAACAACCUUGAGAAACAGAAGUCACGCUUGCAAUCCGAAGUGGAAGUUUUGAUCAUUGACUUGGAGAAGGCCAAUGGAACAGCUCGCGAGCUCCAGAAGCGCGUGGAACAAUUGGAGAAGAUCAACGUCGAGAUGAAAGCACGUCUGGAUGAAAGCAUGGCCAUGUAUGAGCAGAGCCAGCGCGAUCUCCGCAACAAGCAACAGGAGCUCCAGCGCACGAACUGCGAACUAGACAAGACUCGCGAGUUGAAGGACCAAUUGGCACGAGAGAACAAGAAAUUGGGAGAUGACCUGGGCGAUGCCAAGAACCAACUGGCUGACAUGAACCGCAGACUUCACGAGCUGGAACUCGAACUUCGUCGUUUGGAGAACGAACGCGAAGAACUUGCAGCUGCCUACAAAGAAGCUGAAGCAGGCCGCAAGAUCGAAGAACAACGUGCACAGAGAUUGUCCGCCGAAUUGACUCAACUUCGUCACGAUUACGAGCGCCGCCUCAGCGAGAAGGACGAAGAAAUUGAAAUCAUCCGCAAGCAGACCAGCAUCGAGAUCGAGCAGCUGAACGCCCGCGUGGUCGAGGCCGAGACGAAGCUGAAGACCGAAGUGCAGCGCGUGAAGAAGAAGUUGCAGAUCCAGAUCACGGAGUUGGAGCUGACGCUCGACGUUGCCAACAAGAACAACAUCGACCUGCAGAAGACCAUCAAGAAGCAAUCGCUCACCUUGACCGAACUGCAAGCCCACUACGACGAGGUGCAACGCCAACUGCAAGUGACUCUGGACCAACUGGGCAUUAGUCAACGACGCCUCCAAUCGUUGACGGCCGAGCUCGAAGAAGUGCGCGGCAAUUACGAAUCUGCCCUUCGUGCGAAGAGAACCGUCGAGCAGCAGUACGAGGAGUCGGUCAGCCGAAUCAACGAAUUGACCACCAUCAACGUGAACCUCGCUUCAUCGAAAGCGAAGAUCGAGCAAGAAUUGUCGACCUUGGCCGGCGAUUACGAGGAAGUUACCAAGGAGUUGAGAGUGAGCGACGAGCGAUACCAGCGAGUGCAAAACGAGCUCAAGCACACCGUGGAGAUACUGCACGAGGAACAGGAGCGCAUCGUGAAGAUCGAGGCCAUCAAGAAGUCUCUCGAGAUCGAAGUGAAGAACUUGUCCGUGAGGCUGGAGGAAGUUGAAGCCAACGCUAUCGUCGGAGGCAAACGUAUCAUCAGCAAACUGGAGGCUAGGAUUCGCGAUCUGGAACUUGAGUUGGACGAAGAGAAGCGCCGACACUCCGAAACGGUGAAGAUCCUUCGCAAGAAGGAGCGCAACAUCAAGGAGGUGAUGAUCCAGGUGGAGGAAGACGCGAAGAACAUCGCGCUGCUGCAGGAAUCCCUUGACAAGACUAGCCAGAAAGUGAGCAUCUACAAGAGACAACUGCAGGAACAGGAGGGCAUGUCCCAGCAGAGCGUGACCAGGGUCCGCCGAUUCCAAAGGGAGCUGGAGGCCGCAGAGGACCGCGCUGACACCGCCGAGAGCAACUUGACUCUGAUCCGCGCGAAACACCGUAGCUUCGUCACCACAUCCACCGUGCCCGGUUCCCAGGUGUACCUCGUCCAGGAGACGAGGUCUGACCUGUAAAAACGCCACCGUCAUCGACACCCCACCCUUUGCCACUUCGAACGCCACCUCGUCGUCUUUAGAAACGCGUAACGAGAAACCGAUGAAAAAAGGAAGAGCCCCGAUACAUCAUCGUAAGUCAGAAGGGCCGGAAAGAGUUUCCAACGGGCCGCACCGCGAACACCGCGUAGCUAGAGGAUUAAGGAAACUGUGUAUCACAUCAUUAUUCACCCGUGACAGCGCCCAACGACCCGUCGUAAAUUCGAAUGCUCGGCCAACGAGACGCGGUACCCGUCACUACGACUUCAAUGAAACCUGCAGAAGCAAAGGCAAAUGAAACGCGAAGACAACAAUAAAAUAUCAUCGAAAAGAAAUCAUCGUUGCUAUUCGAACAAUUAAACGAAAAAGAAAAAGGGAAAAUUAAAUAAUAACGCAUAUGUAAUAUGUACGCACCGAAAACAAUCAAAAUUUUAUUCUAUUUUCCUUCUAUUGUAUGUGCAUAUCAUGACGCGUAAGGAGAGUGACAGAAGGAUUUGAGAGAUCAAACAAAAACAAAACAAUAUAAACGAGAGACUCGAGAUGUAGAACUGCUCCUUACGCUUUCUGAUCGCGCGUGUCGCACUUGUAUUUAAAUGGAUUAACUUUAAUUCUACUUCUAUUAUUAUAUACAUAGAUAGGUACUAUUGCCCAUACACACAACUCUCACUGUACGACAUACACAAUAACCUGUGUCAACUUUAAUUUAAUAAAUAAACUGAAACACGUACGUACGAA